AUUCCAAAAUGUCAGCCAAUCAAAUGAAUGAUGCAAGCAAAUCAUUUUAGAAUUUCGAAAAUGGAUGACGAUGAAGAUAUUCGAAAUUCGAAUCAAUACAACUUGGAAAAUGUCAUUAGAGGUGGCCAUGUAACCAAAAAAAGACAACAAAUUGUCUGAAAUUGAAGUCAAGAGCAAAAUACAAAUUCAAAUCGUUUACGAUUGUUCAAAUAAUUUGUUAUAAUUUUUUUUUAAAUAAAUUAUGUUUACGUUUUGGUCAUUAAUAGAAGCGUCAAUGCUUUGCUUGAAUGCAAUAUGCAUUUUACAUGAAGAACGAUUUCUUGCAAAAGUUGGUUGGGGAGCAAAUAGCGCAGCUCAAAGUUUUGGUGAACCAACUACAAAAGCUCAACUGCUAAAUCUCGUUCGCAGUAUUCGAACCGUUGCAAAGAUUCCAUUAAUUUUCCUGAAUAUCGUUGCGAUCGUAUUAAAACUGAUACUUGGAUAGUAGUAGUUUUGCUUUUAAAAAUUUACCAAGCAAAAAAUAAACUCCAUUGUUUUUCCUUAAAUGUAUUUUGUCUAAUUAUAUUAUAAAUAAAUCGGAAUCAAUUCAACAAAUAGUA